AUGCCUCGUAAGAACGGCUCUCAGCGUCACUCCCUUGGCUUCUUGGAAGCCCUCGGGCAGUGGACUAUGGACCCUGCGUCUGCUCGUCGCCGAUCUCAUCGCAGCUCUCGUCAUGGUGGCCACCCGCACCGUAAUACUGAAGCCUACAGACAGGCUCGCCUUGACAAAGCACCGCCUGGACUGAAUCUCACAGCUCAACAGUGGCGAGACUAUGCUGACCAUGUUCCUCCGGGAUACUGUACAGAUGACGAGGGCGAGGGCGAGGGCGAAGGUGAAGGUGAAGGUGAAGGUGAAGGUGAAGGCGGCGGUGAGGUGAGACAAGCUCCCCCUCCUGCGUUACAGCCUGAGCCAGAUCCCUUUCGCUCUGCGUGGUCGCAUUCACCUAGUUCAGCAGUGACCCGUGCGCAUGGGGCUGUUCAACGACGAGACUCACCAUUAGAGCGUAUCACCGGUCGAAGGUCUAUGCAGGAACCGACUAGCCCGCAGCUGCGGUAUACGGCAAGUUUCGAUGCUAACAACGAUCCAUUGUUUGCCAAUAUCCCUCAUUAUGAGGAACAGCGAGCCACAGGCGACAUUGUCGUUCACCAGGAGCAACUUGAUGCCGAUAGACCCAUGGCCGAGAUCUUUAGGCAGCCUACGACAGGACGGCGAGAGUCGAACCCGAGUGAGAUAGGGCAAGAGGAUAUAAAUGACGACGGAGAGAACGAAGUAGAUGCCCAGUCUAUGCGACAACCUCAGUCCUUCAACAACCCUCGACAGGCGCACUCUGUUCCUCAGGCAGGUUCAGAUGGGUGGCCUAUGGUUCAAAGUAUUUCUCGUGUACCUACUGAGCCCCCACGUAAUCGUAUUGAUAACUGGCGUAACACCAUGCUCGAGGCCCCUGAAGAGCAGUACGGCGUAGACAGAGAGCCUUCAGUAUUCGGUGGGAGCCAUGUAACUGUCUGGCCUGGUCCACACACUGGCCAUGAUUCUGCGAGCUUGGCUCCCGGCGAUAGUGCAACCGAGAUCAUUCUGCGUCGCCAUGGACGUGAGCGUAGAGAACCAUCUGGGUCUCGUGCCGGAAAUCAUCGUAACGAGAGCUCGCAAGCAGGGGGACCGAGACACAGUCGUCGACAAGUCUAG